AUGGUGGACAAAACGCUGAUUCGCCCAACAGCCGUGGGCUUGUACCUAAACGUCCCUCCACAUUUAAAGAGCCGCCACGCCACCCGCCUCGUUCGGGGCACCGCGCAGCGCAUCCAGUUGGAGUCGCAUCUUGCCGCCGUGGGCGACAUCCAUUCACGUCCCGGGGCCGGGCAGUCCGGGCCUCCACGUGGAGGUAUGGCAGAACUAAGCAAAACGGAUAACCUUUCAACAAUACCUGGUGUUCCAUACUCUGUGCAUGUGCUGCGGGAGGGAUAUUGCUACAAGGACAGUGACAAUCACACUCACGCAGAUGGGACUGUGACUCUCCUGUUGAGUGUGCCGGGAGAAGCAGAAAGACCUUGUGCCAUCCUGGUGGACACCGGAGGACCGUGGGCCAAAGAGGAACUCAUCACCUCCUUGCAGCGGACGGUGCAGGGCUGUGUGCAGCAGAGUUUGGCGCCGAGCGAUGUCCUGCGGCUGGUGCACACGGUGGUGUGCACGCACGGGCACUCGGACCACGCGGGAAACGUGGGGUUGUUCCCUCAUGCGCGGAUCAUCAUGGGGUUUGAUGUGUCCCAGGGAGACCUCUAUGAAACACAUGGGCUUGCCGAGGGAAAGGCGUACGUGAUAAAUCCGUAUGUGCAGGUGAUACCCACGCCAGGCCAUACGUGUUCGGACGUGAGUGUCGUUGUUCGCGACACAAGCGUUGGCACUGUCGUGGUGGCCGGAGACGUGUUUGAGCGGAGUGACGAUGACGACGACUGGAAGGAGCACAGCCAUGAUCCUGUCACACAGCAGAUCAGUCGGUCAAAAGUUGCAUCAUUGGCCGAUGUCAUUAUUCCGGGACACGGGCCCCCGUUUCGAGUGAUGAACAGCCCGGCAGCAACGGCCGCAACAUUAACCUUGAAGCCACAUUGACACGUAACACAUACAGUGAAUGGGGCAUGACCCUGCUAUUCUUCUAGAUCUUCACUUAUUGCAUAUGGCAGCAAUAUGUUCACGAGCUAGAUGCCAAUGAUGAGGUUUGCUAGUCACGACGAGAGGGCCUCAGGAGAGAGUUCGUGUCGUUUUGCAGCUCCUCCACUGAAUGAGUGCAGGCUACAGUGGAUUACUGUGUGGCAGUGUUUUGUUGGUACACUCAAAGAACUCGUCCGAUUGGUUUCUUGGCCUCUUGAUCAUAUCUGGAUUCAAAUUAAUGACGCCCAUUUCGCUUAGAUGGUAUUCGUUGUGUUUGUAUGUACGUGUGUUGAACUUCUUUCGCACCGUGCGUAGCCAACCGCCGCUAAUUAGAGGUGUGUUUAAGGUAAUAUGAAAAGACCUAACAGACGGGGCCACCCAAUUUUUCACUAAUUGGCAGACAUGUCAAACAAUUUCGCUUCAGAAGAGCCGUGAACUGUUAUUAAUUUGUUGUGCUUUGACAGUGUACAUACAAGUGAAAUAUGUCAAAGGCUGCAAGAGUAGGCCCAUUGUGUGCCGGCGUCAUGGUCCAAAUUUGCUAAAUUUGAAAUAUCACCAGAAAAUUAGUCCACUGGAAUAUACAUCGCAAUCAUCUCCCCCGUACUGGCAAACACACUUGAACAUGAGUUAUGAGACGCAGGCAUGUUUGGGUAAACCAGCGUAAUAAACAAUAAAUGUAU